CCGCUCUCCACUUUCUUCCCGUGACGUUCGCUCUUACGCCUGACUGUCGCGCAUAUACAACUGAACCGUUGAGAUAUAGAGGUUUUUGUAUUGGCGCGUAAAGUGUACGCAGCUCUUCGGCAUACGCUUCCAAUUUCCCCCCCACACGGAAUUGGACUACCAGAAAAUUGGACAUUCAUACCCGCUGAAAAUACGUUUCUCCCCCCACUGCACUGUCUCAUCCCCCUGCCAUCAAACUCAUGGGGUCGUCGAGGAAAGAUUCUAGUCUAAAAGGCAUCCAUGACGGAGAUGCGCCUCGCCGAACUGUAGGCGAAAUUGCGAGAGAGAAAAGGCUACGUGACGACCCGAUGGCAGAGGUUCUUGGCCCACUCUUUGUCACCUGCAAACGCUGCGGAAAUCGUAUAAAACUAUCCCCGAAGAGUCUGUAUGAUCCCUUCCAUUGGCUGAAACACCGCGAACGUUGUUUAAAGAAGCCAGUCGGGGGUGCCCGUGCCACCAGUCGUCCAUUGAGGGAAACAAUCAUGGUCGAUAAAGCCUCCCCCGCUUCAUCGUCUAACACAGACGCCGACAAUCUCACACCACCACCUCCUUUGACUCCCAAUGACGAUCAACGGGGAACUCCUGCCAUUUUCAAAGAAAGCUCGUCUUCGCCUGACCCGGAGGAGGUCGUCGUCGAUACCUCAACUAAAGUUGUUGACUUGCCUCUGGUAGAUCAUGGACCCUGGCAAUCUUGGUCGUGGUCUGAUUUGAGACUUCCAACCUGGUUGGUAAAUACCAAUCCUAUGCAUGAAGAUGAUGGCGACGACGACGAGCCUCCUCGAGUGACCAUAAUAGAGCGCGGCUCAACUCCAACUCUCUCCCUCCAGCCGAGCACGCAUCCUCAAGACCACUCCUGAAAUCAUUUGUUGUAUUACAUCUAUUUGUUAUAGGCGCCCCCAUUUUUACUUUGUUGUCUCCAUUUGCAUCGCUAGUACUUUACCAUAUGCAUAUAACUAGC